CUGAAAAUGUGUGUGUGGGUGUUAAGUGCUGCAGGGGAUACGCGUCGCCCACGAGAGAAGCUCGACGUGUGAAACCCACAGCUCGUGUCGGGCGUGGCCGUAUCGAGUGGGUCGCCUUGCGCGUGUGGCGUGCAGAAAAGCAGGAGGACGGCAUAACAAAGGAGAGCUUUUCCGCUCAAAAUCUUACUCGUCCACACGGACGGAGUGCCGAGGGGCAACGGAACUUCGGAAGCACGUUUUGAGUGCGAGCGACACAUUUCCAGAUUUGCUGCUUGCUGCUGGUAAGAUGGAUCCUUCACCUCCACUGGACCAUCUUAGGCACACUUCAGGACACACUCCUCCACACCUGUAGUGUAACCGAGUGUCCUGGAUGUCACCCAGACUCACUGUCACCCACUCUGCUCUGACUAUGAAACCAUGAAGGCUGACACAUUCUACAUAGCUGUAGAGUUGGUGAUUGCCCUGCUGUCCAUCUCCGGCAACGUCCUUGUGUGUUGGGCUGUGGCCAUUAACACAACCCUGAAGAAUGCCACCAACUAUUUUCUGGUGUCUCUGGCAGUGGCAGACAUCCUGGUGGGCUGCCUGGCCAUCCCCUUUGCCAUUACCAUCAGCAUCGGUCUGCCCUCGGACUUCUAUGGAUGUCUCUUUAUGGCUUGUUUUGUCCUGGUCCUUACACAGAGCUCCAUCUUCAGCCUGCUGGCCAUAGCCAUUGACAGGUACCUGGCUGUCAAAAUACCCCUCAGAUACAACGAACUUGUGACGGGCAAGAGAGCCAGAGAGAUUAUCGCCAUCCUUUGGAUCCUGUCUUUCAUCAUCGGCCUUGUUCCAUUCCUGGGCUGGAACAAGAAGCACACAGUGUGUAGAAACAUGAGCAGCCCAGCAAACACAAGCAGCACCAGUCAGAGCUGUUAUCUCACAUGCUACUUUGAGACUGUGGUGGAUAUGCGCUACAUGGUCUACUUCAACUUCUUUGGCUGCGUGCUUUUGCCGCUGCUCAUCAUGCUGGCCAUCUAUGCUAAAAUUUUCAACGUGGCGCGCAAGCAGCUGCGCCAGAUUGAGCUCAAGUGCAUCAAUGGUGAGAACUCGCAUAGCCUUCUGCAACGUGAAUUCCGAGCAGCCAAGUCCCUCUCCAUUAUUGUGGGCCUGUUUGCUUUCUGCUGGCUGCCAGUCCACAUCCUUAACUGCCUCACACUCUUCUACCCUGUGCAGAAGUCCAAUUACAUCAUGUACCUGGCCAUCAUCCUGUCGCAUGCCAACUCUGCAGUUAACCCCAUCAUCUAUGCCUACCGCAUCCGGGACUUCAGGAACACCUUCCGGAAGAUUAUCUCCAGCCACUUCCUGUGCCGGAAGGAGGAGCUGUACCUUGGCUCUGGCAGUAGUUCACAAAAUCCUGAUGAAAUCCACAUGACCAUCGACCCUUUACUAUAGUAGAAGGGGAGGCCUCCACAAGUCUUGGUGUACUUUUCUUAAUGUCUUUCAGAAUUUGGUGAGAAAUGACUACAGAUCAGGAGGGUAAAAUGUGUAAAACGUGAAACACUGUGCACAAUGCUAGCAGCAGCUCUAGGCUUGGGAAAUUUUGUGGAUUUUGGGAUUUUUGUUAAUGUUUCUAAAAUCGGAUCGCUGUUCAACGCAAGAGGCUGAAAUGAACAUCCCAGACCAUGUAGACAUAUACAGUGACAACAGUAAUGGACCCAGCACAGAGCCCUGUGGUACACUAUACUGAACCGUAGUUGAGAUGGA